GGUAAUUGAAACCAACCCUAAGCUCUUUUUAUCUCCGCCCUAAAGUUUACCUCCAAGGUCAAUUAGCUCUUAUACAGAGAUGGCAUCUGCCUUUGCCACUAAGUUUUCUAGUAGAAGGUUGAUUAGGAAAACUACUUCUGAGCUGAUGCGAGUUAAACAGAGGGAUGGAGAAUCUUUGAAGAAUUAUAUGAGCAGGUGUAAUGAUGCAGUUUUAGAGGUUAGUUCCUUUGAUCAAGCUGUGGGAAUCGCAGUUGUAAUCUCCGGUCUCAAGCAUGACAGGUUCAGAGACAGUUUGAUCAAACAUGCUGCCACCACCUUUAGCGAGGUGAACGAUAGGUCUCUGAAAUUUAUAACUGCUAAGGAGUACGCCCUGGCGCAAAACCCACCUCCCACUAAGAACCAGCACCCAGAUUGGAGAGAUGACAAUCUGAGCAGGAAAAGGAUGAGGAUGGCACAGAACCGAGGUCCGAUGUUGACCUCUCCACCGAGAUUCGGAAAGCCGAACUCAACACCCCCGCAACAAUCUACAGGUAAACCUCCAAUUAAUUGGACUCCCUUUAAUUUGCUGAGGCCACAAAUUUUUAUGCAGAUCAAGAAUAAGAUGGAUUUAAGGCAUCCUGGCCCAAUGAAAACUGCUGUUGCUAGUCGAGACUACACCAAAUAUUGUGAUUUUCAUCAAGAUCAUGGCCAUACUACAGAGCAGUGCAACAGCUUAAAGUCCGAACUGGAAAGUUUAGCUCAGAAGGGAAUGCUAAAUGAGUAUGUUCAGAGAACUGAACAGCCGAGAUUUAUUAGAGAACAAAGGCCGCAGCCCCCAGGAGUCCACAAUCCCCCAAAUAGGCAAGGUGUGGGAUAUCAGCAAGCCCCACCUCCGCUCCCACCCCCAGCCAGAAUCAUACACAUGAUUACGGGAGGCCUUGAAGCAGUACAGCGUGUCCUUGUUGACACUGGGAGUGCACCAGACAUCAUGUACUUCCACUGUUUCGAGAGUCUGGGACUGGAUCCAGCAUUGUUGCAGAAAUAUGAUGGUCCUAUCUAUGGCUUCAACAACCAGCCUGUUCCGGUAGAAGGAGUUCUUACCCUCCAUGUGGCUUUCGGGAGUGGCAAGACCUAUGUGACUCCUUCAGUCCGGUUCCUCGUAGUCAAAAUGGCGUCCUCCUUCAACAUUGUUAUUGGCCGACCCACACUGACUGAAAUCCGAGCUGUGGUUUCCCAGUCUCACCUCUGUAUGAAGUUCCCGACUCCUACGGGAAUAGCAACACUGCGAGGAAACCAGGAGGUGGCCAGACAUUGUUAUAUCACCUCCGUAACACAACCUAUGAAGGGCAAAGAUCCGACAUCCGAGGCCAUUCCCCAACCAAUUUUCAAUAAUCAGCAAGUUAUAGGCGUUGAGAUCGUCGAUAAUCGCCCGGAAGAUGAAACCAGAGCUGCUCCGGUCAAAGAUGUUGAAGAGGUGCUCAUUGAUGAUAGAGAUCCGAGCCGAAAGACGCAGAUUGGAACUAGAUUGAACCCAAAGGAGCGAGCAGAGUUAAUAACCUUUCUCCGAGCUAAUAAUGAUGUAUUCGCAUGGACUUCGGCCAAUAUGCCAAGAAUUCCGAAAUCAAUAUUCCAACACAAGCUUAGCACCAAUCCAUUGAAGAAACCAGUGGCCCAAAAGCGGCGUCUCUUUGGGGGGGAGAGGCUUCAGGUUAUUAAAGAAGAGGUAGAGAAACUUCUACAAGCUGGUUUCGUCAGGAAAGUUGAUUACUGCGAAUGGGUGGCUAACCCAGUCCUGGUGAAGAAGGCAAACGGUAAAUGGCGAAUGUGCAUUGAUUACACAAAUCUUAACCAAGCUUGCCCCAAGGAUUGCUAUCCGAUGCCGAGCAUUGACAAGUUAGUUGAAGCGGCUUUAGGCAAUGAGAGGUUAAGCCUCUUGGACGCAUAUUCUGGAUAUCACCAAGUGCCGAUGGCUCCCAAAGACGAAGAGAAAACCUCGUUCUAUGCUGGCGAUGAAAUUUAUUGCUAUGUCAUGAUGCCGUUUGGCUUAAAGAACGCUGGUGCUACUUAUCAGAAAAUGGUGACCAUCGUCUUCCGAGCUCAGAUUGGCAAGAAUCUAGAGGUGAUACGGUUGAACCCAACCAAAUGCAUCUUCGGAGUGGAGUCCGGAAAGUUUCUAGAUCAACCUCUCAGGCAGAUUUUGCAGAAACUAGAGUGCUCUGGAAGAUUAAUCAAGUGGGCAGUAGAACUGGGGGAGUUUGAGAUAACAUUUCAGCAGAGAUCGGCCAUCCGAGCUCAAGCAUUAGCAGAUUUUAUUGUCGAAUGUACUCUAUGUCCUUCAACCUCUAAUCCAGAGCCCAAUGACUGGACCUUAUAUGUUGACAGAGCAUCUAGUAGCAAGGGUUCAGGGGCUGGCGCUCUCUUGAUUGGUCCAGACGGAUACCGAAGCGAACAUGCCCUAAAGUUCAACUUUGAUGCGACAAAUAACAUUGCUGAGUAUGAAGCUCUGAUACUUGGUCUACAGCUAGCAUUGGAGUUGAAAAUCAGUGCAAUUCAAGUAUAUAGUGACUCCCAGUUGGUGGUAAACCAAAUCAACUCAAUCUGCGAAGUUGUUGAUCCUGUGAUGGUGAAGUAUGUAGCCUUGGUGGCCGAGCUGAAGUGCAAAUUCCAGAAAUUCUGUCUAAGAAAAAUCCCCCGAACCGAGAAUGAACAGGUAGAUUCGCUCUUCAAGUUUGCCUCUGACAGCUCUUUAAGUUCUAGAUCUGUUUUUGUCGAGGUCCUAGAUGAACCAAGCUUCAUGAAGCCUUGGGUGAUGGAGAUUAGCACAAACCCUGACACGCCGAGCUGGACUGAUUCAAUCAUCUCCUUUUUGCGAGAUGGGAUAGCACCUGAGGAUAGGCAUGAGGCAAUGAAGUUGAGAAAGAAAGCAUCUCUAUAUACACUCGUUGAUGGGGUGCAUGAAGGUGUCUGUGGAAGUCAUGUCGGUGCUAGGACUUUGGCUCACAAAGUCUUAAGGCAAGGAUAUUACUGGCCAAACAUGCAUAAAGAUGCCACUUACUUUGUUCAGAAAUGCCGGAAAUGUCAAUUCUUUGCACAUCUGACUCACCAACCAGCAAAGGAGCUCACGAACUUGGUAGCACCAUGGCCAUUUGCUCAGUGGGGACUAGAUCUUUUAGGCCAGUUCAUGAAAGGGGUCGGUGGUGUAACCCAUUUGGUUGUUGGUGUGGAUUAUUUUACAAAGUGGGUUGAAGCUCGGCCUUUAUCUAGUCUUACUUCCAAGAAGGUCGAAGAUUUUGUUUUCAGCUUGAUUAUCUACAGAUAUGGGAUCUCGAAUCAGAUUGUGGCCGAUAAUGGAACUCAAUUCAAUUGCUCCUCAUUCCGAGAUUUCUAUUCCAGUUAUGGGAUCAAGUUACAAUUCACCUCCGUUUAUCAUCCAGAGUCCAAUGGUAUGGUUGAAUCUGUUAACAAAUGCAUUUUGGAAGGUAUAAGGCCGAGAUUGGAACAGCAUAAGGCCAAGUGGGCAGACGAGCUCAACAACAUCCUUUGGGCAUACAGAACCACGAGCCGAACUGCCACAGAUACCACUUUAAACCAACGCAUUCUAAACCUAUACCUAACUGAAAUAGGUGAAACACCCUACCACUUGGCCUUUGGCACCGAAGCAGUCAUUCCCGUUGAAAUAAGAGUCCCAAGCUUCCGGGUCACCCAUUUUGAUGAAGGACGAAAUGGACAACUGCUUCGGGCAAACCUUGAUCUGUUUGUCGAAGUCAGAGAAGAAGCUCGGCUUCGAACUCUUGUAUACAAGCAGAAACUAGCCAACUUCUACAAUAAACGGGUCCGCCCUCGAACAUUCAAAAUAGGAGACCUUGUUCUUAGAAAAGCUGGCCUAACAGUGUUUGAAACUUGUUUUGGCAAACUCGCCCCGAAUUGGGAAGGCCCUUAUGCCGUGGCCGGGGUGCUACAUCCUGGUGCCUAUGUCCUCCAAGACGCUGAAGGAAAGAGAGUUCCUAGAGUCUGGAAUGUCAAUAACUUGAAGAAAUUUUACCCCUAAUAAAAUUCUUUCAAGUGAUUUAUGUCUUACUGUUCUUUACGCUUCUCACUUCGUGUUUGUUGAGAUUCAUUUUACUUCUUAUUCUAUGUACCCGAGGUCAAUUAGUUCUUUCAUUCCUUGAAACCUCACCUCUGAUUAAUAAAUGUCACUUCACAUA